GGAAGUGUCAGAGUGUCAACAACGGCCAAGCAGCAGAGCAGCAGCACUGUCCGGAACAGGGAGGGAGGAGUGAAGAGGCUGUUUAAGCUACGGAACAUUUGUAUGAGAUGGGGGAUGAUCGACCUUUUGUAUGCACUGCCCCUGGAUGUGGGCAGAGAUUCACGAAUGAAGAUCACCUUUCGGUUCACAAACACAAGCAUGAAAUGACAUUAAAAUUUGGUCCUGCCAGAACAGACUCCGUCAUCAUUGCGGACCAAACUCCCACACCAACACGUUUCCUGAAGAACUGUGAGGAGGUUGGGCUAUUCAAUGAGCUGGCCAGCUCCUUUGAACAGGAGUUUUGCAAAGCACAGGAAGAUGAGCAAAAGACAAAACACCCGGUUGCACCUUUACAAACACCAUCUGAAGUUAAAAUUGAAAACGAGGGUCCUUUACAAGUUGAUUCUUCCCCUCCUGGAAGUCCAGAUUCCUCGUCCAGCAUGUCCGAUGACAGCAGAGACUCAAGGGUGAUAGGCAAGGACAUUCUCCCAAAGCCUGUGGCAAGUUCUGCUCCCACUCCAACCAUUGUACGUCCAGGUUCCCUUCCCCUCCACCUGAGUAAUGACCCACUUCACCCAACUCUGCCAUCUCCAACAUCUGUCAUCACACAGGCUCCGCCCUCCAACAGGCAGCUUGGCAGCUCCCCAACAAGCUCUUAUCCACUGAUGAGGCACCUCCCCAAUGGGCAGACAGUCCCUCUCCUGCCCAGUCCUGUGCAGAUGACCUCGGUUAUAUCUCUCGCAAGACCAGUGAACUCAGUGCCUAACAUCCCUGGGAUUCCAGGACCUCCAGUUGGCGGGGCCAGCAGUGGAUCAUCCUCUCCGUCUGGGUUUAGUCUGCAUUCUGAGACCAAGAUGCGGCUGAAAGCAGCUUUAAUUCAUCAGGGCACAGGGGCACAAGAUGGGGCUGGUGGGGGGGCAGGAUCAUCCAUCCCAGCUGUUCCCCAGCGGCAGGAACAGAGCCAGCAGCCCUCUCAAAACUCUGAUGCACCUUCACCUGCCCAACCUCAGGUGUCUCCUGCUCAGCCGACAGGAGGCCGUCGGCGGCGAGCUACAGAGAUGGACCCUGAUGAAAGGAGGCAGCGUUUUCUGGAGAGAAACAGGGCAGCUGCCUCCCGCUGCAGACAAAAGCGAAAGCUGUGGGUUAACUCUCUGGAGAAGAAGGCAGAUGAUCUUGCUAACAUCAAUGUCUCCCUGACUAAUGAAGUAACUCUACUGAGGAAUGAGGUGGCACAGCUGAAGCAGCUCCUCUUGGCCCACAAAGACUGCCCUGUCACUGUAAUGCAGAAGAAAGCAGCUUUCUUAGCAGCUGCAGGAGGAGAGGAAACCUCCAGGGAUACUUCCACCGAGCCCAUCGCCUCCCCAGCAGCAGUUAUCCAGCAUGGGCCGUCACCCCCUGCCUUGGCUUCCAGUCCGGGGGCCACCAUCAACGGGCUGAGUGUCCGCGCUGCAGAGGCGGUGGCUAUGUCAGUCUUGGCUGGCAUGGGAUCGGGCCAGCCGGGAGGGCUCGACAUGUCGUCGCAUUCACAACCAGCCCCGAGAUGAUGUGCUGACGCGGGUAGUCAGUACGAACUCAAGUGGCAUUUAGAGGCCGGACUGGUGCAAAAUGUUGGAAAUGAGGGACCCGCCCUCAACCCCCAUCCCAAAAGCCGCGUUUCCAUCAAACACUUAGAGCGUAGUACUCUUGAAACCCACACCUAACUUGUACGUACAUGUACCUAAGCCCUACAUCUGUUUUGUGUUUCCAUCACAGACGGUUCUCAAAUGUGGGUGGGAAUUUUAACUGGCUUUCAGGGCUAAUUUCACUUCUCCAUGAGCUGGGGAAACAACAGAUGAGAUCUUUAUUGGUCUUGAGAAGCUGCAGCAUUUAGUAACUGACACAGCGUAACCUGUUGUGUACACUUACUGCCAGGUUGACAGCUUAGUGCUAACCUUUUCAUCUGCUUCGCUUCGUUGUCACUUUUCUACCACUCGCUUUCUCUCAUGCUGAACCACACACUCCCUAUGGACACACAUUACACACACUGGGCUACACUACUCUUAUAACAACAGGAACACAAUGGAGGACAUCGAAUGUUUCGUCUUCUUUUUUGUCUGUUUGUUAUUGAUAACAAAAAAGGAAGAAGAAGAAAAGGUAAAGGGGAGUGUGGGGAAUCCUGACCACAAGAUGACUUUGUUCCGUUUCUCUCUGACAAAUCAGUGGUCUGCAGUGUUUUAGCUCCACCUUUUAGUGUCAGCUUAGCUCGCUUGGAAACUCAACAGAGGGGGCAACAAAAAAAAAAAAACUGGACCGAACAUGUUUGCCAUCCAUGACUUUUCCCGAUGUAAACUCGAAAACAACCGUGCAAAUGUGAACUGAACUGAUCCGGACUCCUUGGUGGAAACGCGGCUUAUGAUACUUUCUUCCCCUCACAGCCAAUGAACAUCACACAAAGACACGGCACAGUGCCUCCGUCAGCCCUCCAGUCCUCGCAGGCUCCCUGUUCAGAGAAGUCACUCUCUAUAUGUAAAUAUGAACACAUCGGAUACUCUCUGCAGGGUUUGGGGUCAUUUCUUGCUCAGUUAUGACAGUUGUAAGAGGUUUUAGAUUGGGAUGAAAUGAAAUGAAAUGAAUGAAAAUGUAUGAAUGAAAAUAUUAAAAUCGUGUAUCAUUUCAUUUCAUUUAAAAGUGCAGCUUCAGCCCAACUUUGUCCCACACACUGGCUGUGAUGAGGUUGGUUGCUUUCCAGGCUGACAAUUUUACUUGUAUUUUUCAAGAAGAGAAGAAGAGUAAGAAGAAUAAGAAAAGAUUUUUAUGCCUGAUACUGGUCGUUGAUGUGUUUUGAUGAUGCAGUGGAAGUACAGCGAGAGAUUGUCUGGCAGAUUGCAGUAAAAGGCAGCCUGGAAAACAUCUCUGAUGUUCUUUUGUUGUUUACGUUUCAACCUGUCCUUUAGUUUUCUGUUUGCGUUUCCCUUUUGAGUUAAUUCUCCUUAAAUAUACCUGAUGGUUUAGUCUGCCAAGUGUGUAACAAACCAAAUUGUAGAUGUGUACACAGUUUACCCGGUGAGUGUGUGUGUCUGACUUUUUUUUUUUUUUAAACCACCAUUUUUAAGCCAUUUGGAAUGGAUGUCAUUAUAUUAGUCGUGUAUGUAUCAAACCCUAUUGACUGCAUGGAUUACUCAAGGCUGAAAAAUACCACUGUUUCUUUGUGCUUCAUCAAAUUAUCACUGUUUAUUGAUCUACUUUUUUUUCUGUCUUAUAACGUGAAAUUAUCGAUGCAAAAAUUUUCCUUGUUAUGUAAGGAUUCCAUCCGUGGUCCUGAUGUAACACACUUGAAAUGGUUAGCUUUAGAAGGCCUUUAAAUGAUAAUCAAACAUAAUGGAUUUUAAAUCAUUUACCCUGGCAUUUGAGUUGAGGAAAGAGUAGUGCAAUAUAUUUUUCUAUUGAAUAUCAAUGUUCUUGCAUUUAGCUGAUGUGUUUAGCCCAGCCACUGAGAGGGGUUUGGUCUAUUUCAUUAGAAAGCUAAAGUUAUGAGGUGACCAGAGAAAAUGUGAAGAUGAGUGUUCCUGAAUGAAUGAGAUUGGUGAUUAGUGUUCAUCUGUAGAGAGUUACGGACGUCUUGGAUGCUUUCCAACAUUUGAAAAACUGUCUUGUAUCAUGAAGUAGACAUAAUACUUGUGCAAGGUGCUUCUUUUGAAAUUUAAGUUUCAUAUUUCAGAUUAUUUUAUACCGCAUUGUUCUUCCAGGACUAUCAUAUUGUUUUUUUUUCCCUUGUCACUCUGUUUUUGUUUUUUGUGUUUUUUGUAAUAUGUCUUUGUUUUAAGAUGUUUAUUUUUCUCUGUGGGCAUGUUAGGCUUUUUUUCCUUCAUGUUAUAGUACAACCCUAAUUCUUUUUAAAAAAAAAAAACAAAAAAAAGUUGAGACACAGUGUAAAUUGUAAAUAAAAAUGGAAUUCAGAUACUUGCAAAUCCUUUUGACCUAUAUUCAGUUGAAUACAGUACAACAAGAUAUUUGAUGUUCAGACUGAUUAAUUUGGUUCUUUUGUAAACAUGCACUCAUUGUGAAUUUGAUGAUCAUGUGAGUGCCACUGUGUUACACCACAGGACGUAAUUGUUGAGGUUUUUAAAGUAAAAUUCUUGACUGUUCUUGCUUCAUGUAUGACUUCAGUUGCUUAACAGUUAAUUGCACACAAAGGCAGUACUUUAGCGAUGCCUUCAGAGAUGUGUAAGUUAGCCGUGCCAUGGAUACUAGCACGGCCCCAUACCAUCACAGAUGCUGGUUUUUGACCAUUACACUGGCAACGAUCCAGAUGCUCUUUUUUCCACUUUAGCCCAGAGGACACAACGUCCGCCAUUUCCUUGGCCGCAGUGUGUAUGGAUGUUGUUCAUGCUUGGCUUUCACUUUGUAUGUUUGAGUCUUAAUUUACGUUUGUAGAUGCAGUUGUUUUCCAAAGUGUUCCCAAGCCCAUUUAGUAAGAUCUUUUGCAGUCAUGUCAGCUUUUAUUUCAGUAUUGCCUGAGGGGUUAAAGGUCUCAGGUGGUUUUCGGCAUUGCCCCUCAGGCGCAGAGAUUUGCAGAGAUUAUUGAAGUAGAUGAGAUAAAACGUUGAAAAACUUUGUACUGUUUUCAAAUGAAUAUAUGUUGAAAAGGUUGGCAAACUAUAGGUUGCUAUAGGUCUAUAUUUUACACGGUGUGCCAGCUUAAUUGGAAUUGGGAUUUUAUGUCCCUUCAUUUUAUUUAAGAUGUUAGAUAUCUUUUGUGUUUAACAGAGGUUCCCACAUGAAAGAAAAAAUGUCUGAAAUAUUUCUGUAUUGAUUUGUCAAAUACUCAGGCCUCAAGAUGGGAAAAAUUACUUGUGUAUAGUCUCAACUAAUGAACAAGCUGUCUCGGGCAAAUAAUAAAAUUAAUGAAAAAGAAAA